CCUCCCCUCCCCUCCCCAAGCCUCCCCCCCUUCCCCACCCUUCCCCUCCCCGCUCUGGUAGCCACAGGCUCGCCACAAGCCGCCGGGAGCCCGGCGGAGCGCGGAGGAGCGCGGAGGAGCGCGGGCGGGGAUGCGGGAGGCGGCGAGCCGCGCUGCCCGGCGCAGCGGCUGAGGGCCCGGCUCCGCGCCCGGCGGAGCGCACCACCCCUUUCCUCUCUCUUUUGCAGCCUCGCCCGGAUUUGGGAUCUACCUGACCGCCUUGGGAAUUAUUAUUAUUUUUUUAAUUUUUUUUUUUUGGUUCCACUUUUUUUUUUUUUUUUUUUUUUUUUUUUUUUUUGCACACGUGGAGGAACGCGUGGAUUUACUAACAUGAUUUUGGCAAACGCUUUCUGCAUCGUCCUCUUUGUAGAUGAGAUCCUCCGCUCGCUGGCUGGCCCCCCGUCCCCGCCGGGGCAGGACCCCCAUGGCUGGCGGGUGCCCGUGGACUGCGUGCGAGCCAACGAGCUGUGCGCGGGGGAGCCCAGCUGCAGCUCCCGCUACCGCACGCUGCGGCAGUGCCUGGCCGGCCGAGACAGGAACACCAUGCUGGCCAACAAGGAAUGCCAAGUGGCCCUGGAGGUGCUGCAGGAGAGCCCCCUCUACGACUGCCGCUGCAAGCGAGGGAUGAAGAAGGAGCUUCAGUGCCUUCAGAUCUACUGGAGUAUACACCUCGGGUUGACCGAAGGAGAAGAAUUUUAUGAAGCUUCCCCCUACGAGCCGGUCACCUCUCGUCUCUCUGAUAUAUUCAGACUUGCUUCAAUUUUCUCAGGAAUGGACCCCGCCACCAAUUCCAAAAGCAACCACUGCCUCGACGCGGCCAAAGCCUGCAACCUGAACGACAACUGCAAGCGCCUGCGCUCGGGCUACAUCUCCACCUGCAGCAGGGAGAUCUCGGCCACCGAGCACUGCAGCCGGAGGAAAUGCCACAAGGCUCUGCGCCAAUUCUUCGACCGGGUCCCCAGCGAGUACACCUACCGCCUCCUCUUCUGCUCCUGCAAGGACCAGGCUUGCGCCGAGCGCCGGCGGCAAACCAUCGUCCCCUCCUGCUCCUACGAGGACAAGGAGAAGCCCAACUGCCUGGAUUUGCGUAACACGUGCCGGACGGAUCACCUGUGCCGGUCCCGGCUGGCCGAUUUCCACACCAAUUGCCAAGCCUCCUUCCAGUUCCUGACGAGCUGCCCCGGGGACAACUACCAGGCGUGCCUGGGCUCCUACGCAGGGCUCAUCGGCUUCGACAUGACGCCCAACUACGUGGACGCCAGCACCGCCAGCAUCACCAUCUCGCCCUGGUGCUCCUGCAAAGGCAGCGGCAACAUGGAGGAGGAGUGUGAGAAAUUCCUCCGAGACUUCACGGAAAACCCUUGUCUCCGAAACGCCAUCCAAGCCUUCGGCAACGGCACCGACGUGAACCUCUCCCCCAAGAACCCCUCGCCCCCCGUCACCCUGCCGCCGAAGACGGAGAAGAGCCCUGCCUUGCCGGAUGACAUCAACGACAGCAACACCAUGUACGACACGAGCAUCAUCACCACCUGCACCUCCGUCCAGGAGUACGGACCGAAGCUAAACAAGUCCAAAGAGCAGAGCCUGUGCUACUCAGAGACCCAGCUGACCACGGACAUCAUGCCGGACCAGAAAACGUUCGUGGACCCAAAAGCGGGCGGCAGCCGACACUGGGCGGGCCGGAUCCUGCCCGUUGUGCCCAUCCUCCUGCUGGUGCUGGCGUUAUAGAGGGGCGAGGAAGGCAGCGGCCGGCGGCACCGGGGACACUCGCCCAAACGCGCACCGGCAGCGCCCGGCCGGCACGCUCGCUCUCGGGUGACCGGGAAGGACCGGCUCGGGGGCCGGAACGCUCCCAAACACCGGUGACACCGAGCCCCAGCACGCCGGGCGGCAGGAGGACCCUCACCACGCUGGGAAACUUUGGUGGUUUUCUUCCUAUUUUAAUUUUUCCCCGUUUUUUGGGUGGUUUUGAUUUUUUUUUUCUUUUUUUUUUUUUUUUUUUUGUUUUUGUUUUCCGAGGGUCUUCUACGGUGCGUUGGGUUUCUUUCUUAAAGCAGGAGCCCACGGCUCGGGGUGAACCCCCUCCAUGUGCCCUGCAGUGGGGGAAUCCGGGGGAAAAUAAGCGUCGAGCAGAGCUUUGGCAAAGGUUAUUUGCAGCCCCGGGGGCACUGGGGUGGCCGCGGGGACGGCGAGGUUUCCACACCGGAGCAUCCCAAAGGACGGACGUGCCGGCGGCGGCUCUUCUGCACCCUCCGAGGGGACUCACUCGAGCUCUUGACAUGGUUACUGGGGGGUGUUCUUUUUUUUCCUUUCCCGUGGUCGGCGAGAGUUUUAAAAUGGAAGAGAAAAGAAACUACUAUUCAAACAUUGUGAGGUUGUCCUGAUGUUUUCAAUCUGUCACUGCAAGGGGGAGAUUUUUCUUUUUUGUUCUUUUUUUUUUUUUUUUUUUUUUAAAUCUGGGUUGGGAUGGGAUCUGGCCCAUUGGUGGUUGGAAACCUCUGGAUGUUCCUCUAUGUUUUCUUUCUUUUAUAUAUACAUAUAUAGUGUAUGUAUAUACCAUUCACCUAUACCUACAUAUAUGUAUGUAUAUACAUAACCAUAUACAUCUACAGUGUGGCUUUUUUAAUUUCCUUUUUUCCUUUAUUUUUAAAAAAAAUGCUCAA